AUGGCUAUUUGGGAUUCGUUUAGUGGCCGCAAACAGGCCCAGUCCGACCCUUUCGACCCCUCGACCGCUGCACAGGAUGCCACAAAUUUCCUCUCAGAUGCCGCAAUUCCCGACCCUACUCAGCUUCACCCUUUAUCCGGCUUGAACCAAGACACUCUCGACUACAUUACUCUUGAAGACUCUGCGCUUGACGAACUGCCCGGCUCGCGAUCCGUUCUGCCGUCCCGCGGAUGGUCGGAUGACCUAUGUUAUGGAACUGGCUCUACCUAUCUAGCGGGGUUGUCUCUGGGAGGAGUAUGGGGUCUUGCUGAAGGAUUGAAUCGGACACCGGUGACUGCGCCUCCGAAGAUCCGACUGAACGGUGUUCUGAACUCGGUCACCAGAAGAGGUCCUUUCCUCGGUAACUCCGCCGGUGUGGUGGCCAUGGUGUACAACGGUCUCAACUCGGGGAUUGGAUAUGCUCGGGGGAAGCAUGAUGCUGCGAACAGCAUUAUUGCUGGUGGUCUGAGUGGAAUGGUUUUUAAGAGUACCCGGGGGCUCAAGCCCAUGAUGAUUUCGGGAGGUAUUGUGGCCGGUGUCGCAGGCGGCUGGGCUAUUGUGAGGAAAGCUUUCCUGUAA